UCACUGUGACUUUUCUCUCUGCCACCAUGAACUCCACAAUCCGCACCUCUUAUCUCUCUCUUCCUCCCCGCCGGAAUAUUCCCUUACAGGAAUCGCAGUUUCGGCAGCUAUUUCCUCGUUUCAACUCUCCGAGCCGUCUCAUCGGUUUCCUCAACAUUUCGCCGGCCAACUCGCCGCUGAGAACUCGACUCCGGCAUGACUCGGCUGAGCUCCGCGGCGUUCAAUCGAGACGAGUUAGGGUUUCGUCCAGGGACGCUCAGUUCGGCUCGUUCUCGGACGGGAGUGAAGCUCAGGCGCCGAGCUUCGGUGAGUUUAUUACGUCGGAGAGAGUCAAAGUGGUGGCGAUGCUUGCUCUGGCUCUGGCUCUGUGCAAUGCUGACCGGGUUGUGAUGUCGGUGGCGAUUGUGCCGUUGUCGCUCUCUAACGGUUGGAGCCGAUCGUUCGCCGGAAUUGUUCAGUCAUCUUUCCUUUGGGGUUACCUUGUGUCUCCGAUAGCUGGAGGGACACUUGUGGACUACUAUGGUGGUAAGGUAGUCAUGGCCUGGGGAGUGGCUUUGUGGUCUAUGGCUACCUUCCUUACACCGUGGGCAGCUGAAACUUCUCUAUGGCUUCUCCUCGCAAUGAGAGCUCUCCUUGGCAUUGCGGAAGGCGUUGCUCUUCCUUGCAUGAACAACAUGGUAGCAAGAUGGUUUCCUAAGACAGAACGGUCCAGGGCUGUUGGAAUUGCAAUGGCUGGGUUUCAGCUUGGAAGUUCAGUAGGGCUGAUGCUAUCUCCGAUUCUCAUGUCACAAGGUGGUGUAUUUGGACCAUUUGUGAUUUUUGGUUUAUCUGGAUUUCUUUGGGUUUUGGUAUGGUUAUCUGCAACAUCAAGUACUCCUGACCGCAGUCCUCAGAUAUCAAAAUAUGAACUGGAUUACAUACAGAGCGGGAGGCAGAAAUCCUUUCUGGGGGAAAGUAAACCUAAGACAACCAAAGUGAUCCCUCCUUUCAGACGCUUGCUUUCUAAACUGCCAACCUGGGCCAUAAUAGUUGCAAAUGCCAUGCAUAGCUGGGGUUUUUUUGUUUUUCUUUCCCUUGGAUUGCCCAUCUACUUCAACUCUGUGUAUCAUGUUGACCUCAGACAAGCAGCUUGGUUUAGUGCUGUUCCAUGGACUGUCAUGGCAGUCAUGGGAUAUAUUGGUGGUUUGUGGUCAGACGUAAUGAUACGAAAUGGUACAAGUGUCACUUUGACUCGAAAGAUCAUGCAGUCGAUCGGUUUCCUAGGUCCUGGGAUUGCUCUUGUAGGUUUAACUGCAGCAAAAAGCCCAUCAGCUGCUUCUGCUUGGCUUACUUUAGCAGUUGGGCUUAAAUCCUUCAGUCACUCUGGCUUUCUUGUGAAUCUUCAGGAGAUCGCUCCACAGUACUCUGGUGUUUUACAUGGAAUAUCAAAUACUGCCGGUACAUUUGCUGCUAUUGUGGGAACAGUUGGAGCUGGUUUUUUUGUCGAAUUGGUGGGUUCUUUCCAAGGAUUUCUGUUGUUCACGUCACUGUUAUAUGUUCUUGCUGCCCUUUUCUACAUCCUAUUUUCUACUGGAGAGAGAGUAAAUUUUGACGAACGAACUCUAGUAUGAGAUUCUAAGACUGAUGGCACCAGCGUUGCUUGUUGAUGAUUAGAUGUGUUCGACUGUAACUAGAGGAUGGUACAGAAAGGAAGGCAGUCUAGAGGAAUGGUACAGAGUACAGACCGUUGGAAAUCAUCUGUUGUAUCAUAAAUAAACUCUUUCGUCCUUUUGUAACUGAAUCUGAAGCUUGUAUAGUGGAUGUUAUUAGUGUUCCUCAUGCAUCAACAAUCUGUUUCAGGUGCAUAUGGGGAUCCUGAUAACCAAAUUUUGUAAAAGAUAUCUGUAAAUGUGUUUCAAAGAAGUACGA